AUUAUGUGCUAAAAUCUUGUUAAGCUUGUCACCUUCUUCGAGCGAUCCAUCGUCUUGGCUGAGCAAGAACGCGAAAGCCAGAAGAAAGAUGUCACAGCCCCUGAGGUGCCCGGCCGACUUUCCGGAGCUCCUGUGGAAGGACUGCCAGGCAAAGUCGAACGAGCUGUGCGAUGUAGAAAUCGUUGUCGGAACUCGCAACUUCUGGUGUCACGGGAGCAUCCUUGCGGCGUCGAGCGAGUUCUUCCGCUCGGCCUACAACCCAUCCGCCUCGGGAGUCAAGAUCAUCCGGCUUUCAUCCAUCCCUGGAGGCCCCCACGUCUUCGAGCUCGUCCGGAGGUUCCUCUAUGGCCAGGACUUCACCGUGACCGACGCCACCGUCCUCGAUGUCUGGCAAGCCGCCGACUUUCUUGGCAUCACUCCUCGCAAGCCCGAUGGAGUGAGCCUCCAGGCGAGAUGCAAGUCGGUCUGGGACUCCCGCGUCCAGCACUCUUGGCGGUCGUGCCUCCAUCUCCUGUGCAAGGCUGCCAAGCUCGGCUCCAUUACCGACGUCCACCCGAGCGACGGGAGGCUGGCCGAGUGUAAGAAAAGGUUCCUCUUGCUCGUCGGCUCUCAUCUGGCGAUGGGAGCGGUUCUCAGGAACUUGGUGAAGCUCAAGGCGGGGCACGUCGAACAGGUGCUCUCCAUUCUCAAGGACGUCCCGGUGGUCGUCCCGGCGGCGGAGCUCUCCCAGAACAUGAUGGCCUAUCUCAUGGACUUGGUUUGCUACUUCAAGGCUGGCUCUCCUCCCUCGGACAAGGUUGGAGCCAACAUCAUUAGCGUCUGCGAGUUCGUGCUGGAUUACCUCCAGUGCGCUACAGGAGCUUACCGCAGAGCUCCUGGGUCCUUCUUCCGGAGCGGCACUGGACAGGCACCCGCGGUGAUCUACUUGGCCAUGGUCGCACACACUUGCUACGUCUUGAAUCCGGGGAGGUACGCAAGAUCCAACUUUGACACCGUCUUGACGCUCGUGGGGCCUCUGGACAUCGGCUGCCUCACGCCAGAAGCUCUGGCGGAAUGGGUCCAGCCUUUCUUUCCAACGUCGGAGACUGGUUUUCCCGUUCGCAGCAAGAUUGGAGAGCUCCUCGGCCACUAUGUUACGUCGACGCUGGAGGAGAACCCCCCGGCCAUCUCCUGGUUCUUCUUCCACGCCAUGGCCAACUUUGCGUCCAAGGCUUGCGAGAGUCACGACCAGCUCUACGAUCUUAUCAAGGCCUACAUGAAGAAGAACCCGCAGACGUCCGAGGGGCUCAAGCAGGCGUUCGAGAGCAUGCUGGACCUCGGCAAAGUGUCGGCGGUGAAGGCUGGCGGGAUAGCUUGCUGCAACUCGCCGUUUCUGCUCAGCUCGAGGUUCAAGGACGCGGUGAGCAAUAAGUGGAGUUCCGAGUUCGGCAGGCAGAAGCUUCGGAAGCGCCUGUUCGACGAGUUGUCUCCUUACGAUGAUGAUGAUGACGAAAUGACGCCAUUCGAGUGCUCCUCUAAUUGAAGAGACGAAAACAGCACUGCAAGGAUUAUUCUAGGCGAUGUAUACGACAAGUAGAAGAUUUGACACGUUCUCGAAAAAAAUCCUUUUUUCACUACUGUAUAGAAAAUCUGGAGUAUCUUCGCCAGUUUCUAUGUGAUCCAGUCGUUUUGC